GUCCGCAGCCCUGUUUUCUCAAAACCCGACCAGCUGCUCUGCCCAGGCCUGGCCGGGCAUCAGCUGUGCAGGGAAGCUGGAAUCCGACCCCUGGCGCUGGGCCUGGUCUCCAUGGCAGCUGCGGGUUUAUUACAGGGGCCUCCGCCCAGCUUGGCGGACUUUCGACUUGAAGCAGAGAGGAAGGAAACCAAGAAGGCAGUCCUGGGAGCAGGGAGCCAGGGGUGCAGCCCGAGGCCCCGAGAUGGCCAAGUUUCUUUCCCAGGACCAAAUUAAUGAGUACAAAGAAUGCUUCUCCCUGUACGACAAGCAGCAGCGGGGGAAGAUAAAAGCCACCGACCUCAUGGUAGUGAUGAGGUGCCUAGGGGCCAGCCCGACCCCGGGGGAGGCGCAGCGGCACCUGCAGACUCACGGGAUAGGCAAAAAUGGAGAGCUGGAUUUCUCCACUUUCCUGACCAUUAUGCACACACAAAUAAAACAAGAGGACCCAAAGAAAGAAAUUCUUUUGGCCAUGUUGAUGGCGGACAAGGAGAAGAAAGGCUACAUCAUGGCGUCUGAGCUGCGGUCAAAACUCACGAAACUUGGGGAGAAGCUCACCCACAAGGAAGUGGAUGAUCUUUUCAGGGAAGCAAAUAUCGAACCAAACGGCAAAGUGAAGUAUGACGAAUUUAUCCACAAGAUCGUCACCCCGGUGCGAGACUACUGAGUAGCGAAGAGAUUGUAAGAAAGCCUCCCUGAGCCUGAAAAGUCAGAUGGAUGAAUUUUCAAGGAAAGUGUUCCUCUCACUCCAGGGAGGCAGCACGGCAGCAAGAUGACAUUACCUAACUGUAGCAGAGGCUCACUGAGCAAAUGAAAUGAUUUUGGCCAUGGAAUUAGCAUGUCCUUAAUAAAAGGUUUUUAUUAAUUUUA